GGCAGCGACACCCACCCGCGGACUCCGGGCGCAACACACGCGCGCGACGUCACUCCGCACGGUGCGCCGUCGCCGGCCAUACCGCCCGCCGCCACUUCCGAGAUGAUUUGAAUUGUGUUGUCGGCAGGUAUGCCUGCGAGGAUGAUGAGCGCGCGGGCGGGCGCGGGCGCGGGCGGCGAGGUGAGCGUGGCCGACAGCCCGCUGGCCACGCUCGAGUCCCUCGCGCAAGCCGCCGUCAUCGCCGUCAUGGGCGUCGCCAUUGUCAUCUCCAACCUCCUCAUCAUUGCUGCCUUCCUUAAUUUCAAAGGUCUCUCGAACGAGGUGAUUAAUUACUACCUCUUAUCGCUGGCUGUGGCCGAUCUAUUGUGUGGGUUGUUCGUGGUGCCUUUAUCCGUAUACCCAGCCAUAACUGGUCGCUGGAUGUUCGGCGACCUAAUGUGCCGCCUGGCAGGAUACGUGGAAGUAACUCUGUGGUCCGUCUCAGUCUACACUUUCAUGUGGAUAUCGGUGGACCGAUACCUGGCCGUCAGGAAGCCUCUCCGAUAUGAGACGGUUAGUGCGACGGUACAAACUCGCACUCGAAGUCAGUGCUGGAUGGUGUUCACUUGGAUAUCAGCGGCAAUGCUCUGUUGCCCGCCACUGCUAGGCUACAAGAAGGAAGCUAACUUCGACAAGGAGACCUUCAUCUGCAUGCUGGACUGGGGCACCACGUACGCCUACACUGCCACUCUCGGAAUUCUCGUCCUAGGGCCGAGCGUAAUCUCUAUCGUUUAUAAUUACUUCUAUAUAUUUUCAAUGAAACGAAAGCUGAACAGUGGUGCACCUAUUCACGAUAAAGAAUAUGCAACUGCUUUAGCGGAGAACCUCGCUAACCCUAGCCACUGGAUGAGCUUUAUUCUCGUGUCAGCUUUUUGGCUUAGCUGGGCGCCUUACGCCGGGGUCAGGCUGUACGAGUACAUCACUUCUCAGGAACUUAAGAUUCCGAUGCUGCACUUCGGUGUCGUGUGGCUUGGAAUAUUAAACUCCUUUUGGAAAAUAGUAAUUUUAAUCUCUUUAAGUCCACAGUUUCGAUUAGCUCUCAGAAUACUUUGCUUAACAGCCUGCUGUCGCACUAAGGGCCGGUUACAAGCCGAGCUUAUAGGUAUGGAUAACGACGACUGAAUCAUCUUUUCGUCUACUGUUACGUAAAACAAAUUGAAACUUUAAUAACAUAGGUACCUACAUAUAUUAUUAAGAGACAAAGAGUGCGCAUUACCUGGCGGUGCAAAACAAGAGUUUUGGUUGUGUAGUAUUGAAUAUGUACCUACGUCUGUUAGUUCGAUAGAGGUAAAUGCAACCGUGUUUGUAAUUGAACAGUGCCUGAUAAUAAUAAUAAUACAAUAAAAGUCCAAGAGUUAUAUCGUCGCCGCUUUUGCUCGUUUGGGUAAUUCCAGUAGUAAGUACCUAAUCUCGAGAUUAUCGCUCAAUAUAGAUUAUUGUUUCUUCUCUUUGUCUCUAGUACAUUUUUAUGAAUAGUUUUUAACAUAGCUUGGCGAUAAAUUAAUACUUACCUACUACACUAUGGCAUUUAUAGUUAUCAAUAUUCUAUAUGAGGCAUUUGUUUGCAAUAACCUCAAGUCUCUUUUUUUGUAAAUCGUAGUGCGUGCCCUUUCGUGAUAGUUUCAUAUAAGAUGGUCAUAUAAGGGUGCCUUUUAAGAUAUUUUGUAGGCUUGAAUGACCCAUCACUCGCAUCAGAACAAUAUAUUUUAAUUAAAUACCAUAUUUUCUUAGUCGAAUCAUAAGUUCUAUUACAAGUCAUUUUAUGAAUGAUAAAAUCUUAACUACCUGCAGCAUAGCGCGUUGAUUCGCAGUG